AUGCGUUCAUUAGCUCUGAUAUUUUCUACAUUCGCCUCAUUGGUCCUAUCUGAGACAUGGCAUCGUUUGCCCGACGUCCCAAUCUCACCGCGACAAGAGCACGCAACUGUCCUUUUACCACCAGGCGACAUCGUUCUCGUUGGCGGCGUCACCAACGGUACCCAGAGCACCACUUCACUGGUUCAGUCAUAUUCUAUCACUCGUCGCAAAUGGACUUCGCUUCCACCCCUGCCUGUUCCGCUGAACCAUCCCAACGCCGCAGUUCUCUCCGGCCAGCUGUAUGUCUUCGGCGGGCUUGCGCAGAAAAACACGUCCUGGACCGCAAUUCCCAAUUCGUAUCGGUAUGAUGCAAAGACGAGGAGUUGGAGGCGGAUCGCAGAUGUACCGGAUGGCGGAGUCGGAAGUGCGGCCGUUGGCGUGUGGGAUGGCAAAGUGAUUCUUGCAGGAGGUUUGAAAGAGAUUCAACUGGUGUCACCAUACACUCAGUCUACCAUCUCUAGCGUGUACAUCUAUGAUUCCUUGACCAAUGCCUACCUCGCGCUUCCCGCAGCUGCCGCUCAACUACCUGACACACGGGACCACGCCUGUGGCGCUGUCAUAGAACAUAGAUUCUAUGUUUUGGGUGGCCGUGAGCGUGGCCAACUUACAGGGAAGUCUUCUGUUCCGGUCCUGGACUUGAAUGAUCUGAAUAAGGGUUGGAGUGUGGCAGAGGGGAUCAUGCCAUCGCCAAGGGCUGGAUUGGCGUGCGGAAUUGUCGGGAAGAAGGUUUAUACCUUUGGCGGUGAGGGUAAUUUGAAGGUCGAGAGUGGGGUUUGGAAUUCCACUGAAGUAUAUGACGUUGCGCAAGAUAGCUGGAAUACACUAGUUGGGAUGAAGGUUCCGCGGCAUGGCGGAGGUGCGGUGGCUUUCAAUGGGAAGAUCUACGUUCCCGGGGGUGGAGAUGUGAUUGGGAUUUCUCCUACGAGCUACUUCGACGUGUUCGUUACUUAA